AUGUCAGGCAUUGCCAAUGCACAGGGUGGACUGAACAUCGUCUGGUAUGGAGUAGAUCAACCUGUCUCGCAUCGGUUUGGACAAAUGUUGAGCAUCGUAUCUAGACAGCCCACUGGCAACUCUUUUGCCUCCUCUUCGCGUAAGGACCAAGUCACCAUAACUCGAGCAGAGCCACUUCCCGACACCAGGGAACUCUGGGCUAAGCAUAAUUACCGGCACAUCAUGCAGAUGACAUAUGGCGAUAACAUGCAGGACGGGAUGUGGAUCUGCUGCUGCGGCGCGGAGAAUCACAUCACACACGUGACAGGACCUCAUCCUCCCCAGCACCUCACGUGCGCCAAGUGUGAACAUGUAUUCUGCAAGUCCUGUAUCGCAUCGCCAAUCCUUGUACCCAUCACGCUGAAAAUGGUCGCAUUAAUGCGCAUCUUGCCCUCGUAUGAAGCCCAGCGAUUGCGCGUCGGACAGGUGUGUGAGAAGUGCGGCUUCACCCACCGCGCCACGGGUGACGAUGUCAAGUUCGUCCCAUAUUGCGCGUGUGGAGCGCACCGUAAAGAAGACUGGGUGGUUUUCGCAAUAUGCUCUCCGCAGGGCUAUCACUUUGAUCCUAUUGUCACUUCUGUCCAGAUCAAGACGAAGUGGCGGGAGGCCAAGGAGGAAGCGUUGCAGAUGGAGUGCUCACAAUCUGCACCCGCACCCGCGAUAGCCCCUGAGAUGGGGCCGAAGUGUAGCAAUUCAGUGAGGAAGGCUCGCUCGAAUUGGAUAUGGAGGUAUCGACAGAUUUUGGCAGCGGUGGAGUGA